AACAUUCGCUAUCUACAGCUGUUACUCCGCCUAUCUCUUUCAAAACUCUUCAGGGACUACAUAUUCUACCAAAGGAGUUUGAUGAAAGUGAAUUUCAGGACAGAUUCAAGGAAAUGAUGGCUCGCUACGACCAGAAUAAGGAUGGAAAGAUCGAGAUGAGAGAGCUGGCUGAAAUUCUUCCUCCAGAAGAGUCCUUCCUGGUUUUGUUCCGCUCACAGCAACCUUUAUCCAGUAUCGAAUUCAUGGAGAUCUGGCGGCGUUUUGAUUCCGACAGCAGCGGGUUCAUCGAAGUUAAUGAACUCAAGAGCUUCAUGAAGCACUUAAUAACGAAGAAUCAGUUGGGUGAUAUAUCUGACGACAAAUUAGAUGAGUACGCCAAAUCGAUAUUGAAAUUGUUUGAUGCCAACAAUGAUGGAAAACUAGAACUGAAGGAAAUGGCCAAACUUCUCCCGACCAAGGAAAAUUUCUUGAAACAGUUCCAGAAAAUCACGGGGCAGAGUGGCGCCAGCCAGGGGAAAGGAAUACUGGGACAGAAGACACUGACUCGGUCAGAAUUUGAACGUGUCUUCAGCUACUACGACAAGGACAAGAAUGGUACAAUCGAGGGUGACGAGCUGAAUGGAUUUCUUAAGGAUCUCAUGGAACACGAGGGCAAUGAGAAGAGGCUCAAACGGAUCCCCACCGAUUCAGAAAUAGCAGCCCUAGCUACUCAGAUCAUGAAAUCUUGCGACAGUGAUGGUGAUGGCGUCCUCAGUGUUGACGAACUGCACAGGGUCAUCUGCAGAACAUGAAAGACGUAGAGGGCAGUCUCGGGAGCCUCGUCGUUUGUACCAAACCAUUCCAUUUUAUAGUUGCACCAAAAAAAAAUUGUUUCAUCAUGAUUAGUUCAGUAUUAUUUUGUUUAAUUUAUUUCCUUUAUGACUUUCAUGAUUCCUUCAAGUAUAAUGGAUUUCUUAAUAAAAGAAAGUAGUUGAAUACCCCAAACGUUGUCAAUUUAAACCAAGGCCUUUCAUUUAGACAAAAGUUUUUGCAUGAAUUAUUUUUAAAAAGUUACUGAAAGAAAAGGAUAACAAGAAUUCUCAAGUAUUAGCAACUCAGAAAUAUGAUUAUUCAACAAUUUGUAAACAGGUGUUCCCAUUGUUGCUUACAAAUCGGAAAUUUCCCUUCAUCUCAAUGUUUAAAAAAUUUGUCAAACAAUGAUGUUUAAGUCUCUGAAAUGCUGCUUAGUAGUUUGUAAUCUUUUCGUUGAGGUUCUUUUUUUACUUUUAUUUGUUUAGGUUUUAGAUAUUCAAAUUUUGAUGUGGAUAUUGUUCCUUUUUAUCACAAAUUUCAAUGUUUUCAAUAUAUUCAUUGUUUAUAUGUACGAAAUAUGAUAUUGUCUUUACGAAAUAAGCAUUUAUUUGUCAUUCCUCAUUCAGGUUCGGAAUGUUAUGUUGUCUUUUAAGGUUUGGUCAUCGAGACAUCGUAUUUUUUAUAAUUUGUUUUCUUUUUUUUUCUGGGAAAAUUGUGGCUAUAGGGAUCAUUUGUGUAAUUUUAUUUAUGUAAGUAUGAAUUAAAUAGAACUCACAAUUCAUUGCACUGUUCCAUUUCACUUGAUUUUACAAAGUCGUUUUCUUUUGCAGGUUCUGACAGUUAGUUUCUCAUAACACGUUAAGGUUUAUAAAUUUCAUUUCUCGUUAGUUUUUGUCCCACUCAGAAUGAUAGGGAUAAAGAAGCAGAAACAGGAAUGAUUAUCUUGUAGGUGAAUAUUGUUAAGAUAGUGAUUCUCGUUGUAGACUUGUUGCUGCUUGGGCUGGGUGAACGCGAUACAUAAGAAAUGACCGCUGACCACUAUUUAAACACCAUUUAUGGCAGAUUCAUAUCUAUUUUCAGGAAACGCUGGUGAUUAAAAAAAAAUCACAAUAGUUGUAACAAUAUAUCAAUUAAUAGCAUCAAAACCAACUCCGGUCUUUCUUUACCCAUUCUGAAAAUCGAUUAUGUUAUGAACAAUUUUAAAACAUGCCCUUUUCAUACUUGCGCGCUACUCUUCACAUUUUUGAUAAACGAGGGGGUUGAAAGUUUAAGCUGGAUUAACUUUAGACUUGGAUCGGAAUGGGUUCAACUUGGACAAUGCGGACUGUCAUUAAAGUAGUUUUAUUGUAAAGAAGGAAAUCGAAGAUUUUGCACAAAAAUUCAUUCAUGUAGUUAGAGCCUUGGUUGGGAGUGAAUCCUUUCUUUUUUGUUUAAAUUAAAAAAGCGCUUUCUCAUUUACCGAUUUUGAUAUUUGAUUGUUUUUCUCUCUUAUCUUACUCAUUGUAGAAUGAUGACAUUAUUUUGCUGAAAGUUAUUGUACAAGGUCUAUUACUCAACAUAUAAUAUCGAUGUUUACUAUAGAGGGUUGCGUGAGAAUCGUCUGAUGAUAUUUACAGAGUUGGAUAUUGAUAUUGGAUUUUAUUAAACUGAAAGCUCGAAAUAUUAAACUAUGUGUUUCAAUA